UACUUAAAUGCUCUUGCAUAUGAAAUAUAUUUACGUGGCUGGUGUGCAGUGAAACAGUAAGAAAUUAUAUAUCUUGGCAGCAAUUCUUCUCUGACUGAAACAAAAUCAGGUUCCAAAUUUUUUUCCCUUGCUUCCGUGCGGCAAUGAAAGUAUCUUGUUCCCGAAGAUUUUCGGUUACAUUUAUAAAUAUUUACAUUUUUGUGAUUAUUCAUGAAAUGUAAUAAACCUUACCAGGACGGCAAAUUGCCGAAUCUAUCGUGCUGUCUGAGCAACACUUUUCGGAUAAUAUCCUCUUAUCAGAUGCACGGCUUCAUAAUUAUAUAAAUUGCGUGCACUCACGUAUGAUAAUAUGAACAUCAAGGCUUCGUAUUUAAAUGAUACAAGGAAAGAGAAUGAAAAUCCAUGAAAUUCAUGAUAAGCAAUGAGACCUUUGUAGCACUAAGCAACUAACCAUCGCCAUAUUGAAACGAACAGCAUAGCCGUAGAAAAUCUAACAAAGCAUACUGAAAUCUCUUGAACAUGUCGUUCGAGAUCCUUUCAAAAUGAUUUUCAGAAACUUCUGUAUUUGGAGUAAUUACAGAUGGAGAAAUAGAUUUUUGGACAGUCGGGAAAAUCGAAGGGAGCAACUUCCAUCAAUUGUCAACAGGAGCAGUUUACCCCCUCUACUGAAUUUUAUUACAGCUGACAUUUUAAAAGAAAUGGCGUCCUUCAAGAAAAUAAAUACCAAAGUAUUCGCAAGACCGAAUUCCGAGUUAACCCCGGACAAUAUAUAUUGGAAGAAGUAUAGCGCUCCUGUUUUAGUGAAAGAAUUUGGACCAAUCGAUUAUAUCGAUUUUUCACCGGUAGAGCCACACUACUUCGCUGUCACUUGUUCAGUGAGGGUACAGGUGUAUAAUCCAAUCACAAAAUUAGUUACAAAGAAUCUUAGUAGAUUUAAAGAAGCAGCUUAUGGUGGAUCAUUUCGCAGUGAUGGCAAGCUACUCUGUGCUGGUGGUGAAGAAGCAGUAAUUAGACUCUUUGAUGUCAACACAAAAAGUCUUCUACGACUGUUUUCUGGACACAAAGCUGCUAUACACAGGACUUUCUUCACUACAGAUAAUCUUCAUAUUGCUUCAUUCUCUGAUGAUAAGACUGCAAUAGUUUGGGAUAUACCAAGUGAAAAACAAUUAAUAUCUUUUAAUGAACAUUCAGAUUAUAUCAGAGCUGGCGCAAUUAGUCCUAUUUCCAAGGAUAUAUUAUUAUCUGGUGGCUAUGAUAAACAUAUAUAUAUGUAUGAUACAAGAACAAGCAAACAAAUUCUCAAUGUGAGUCAUGAAGCUCCUGUUGAAAGUUUAUUAUUUUUACCCUCUGGAGGAAUAUUUUUAUCUGCAGGUGGAACAGAAAUUAGAGUUUGGGAUGCACUUGCUGGUGGCAAAUUACUUGCAAAAAUUACUCAGCAUCAUAAAACUGUAACGUGUUUAAAGAUAGCUUCGAAUGGUCACAGAAUUUUAUCUGGCUCAUUGGAUAGGCAUGUAAAAAUUUAUGACUCUGGAACAUAUAAAACUGUUCAUUCCUUGGAUUAUCCAAAUUCAGUUCUUAGCAUAGGAAUUAGUUCAAAUGAUGAGACUAUAGUUGCUGGUAUGGUUGAUGGUUUAAUUUCUGUAAGAAGAAAAGAAGAAGAAGUAAAAAAUGAAAAGCCACGACGUAAAAAAAUAUCAUACAGACGUUCUGGGAAAAAUUUACAUACUCCUCAAGUAGAUGUUGUUGUACACGAAGAAAUGAAAGAAAUUAUGUCCAGACACGAUACCUGUUUAAGAAAGUUCGAAUAUUCGAAAGCUUUAGAUUGUGUCAUGGCUAGUUAUGUAAUAAAUAAAGCACCACACGUUACAGUUGCGCUUAUGCAAGAGCUUAUUAGAAGGCAGGGUUUGAAACAAGCUUUGAGUGGUAGAGAUGGCAAGUCUCUUGUAAAUAUUCUUAAGUUUCUGAAUAGAUAUGUAGGAAGUAUUCGAUUUGGAAGAGUACUGCUAUAUGUAACUAAUGUAUUAAUGGAUAUUUAUGAAGAUCAUUUGGACGAACUUGCAGCAGAACCGCGAAAAAUGUUUAGUAUUUUAGCGGCGAAGUUAGAAGAAGAAGAGAAUUUAAUACUGACAUUAUCAGAAUUGCAAGGAAAAUUGCACAUGAUAUUAUCUGCUGCAGAGAAUGUACCUCCUACACCAGUAAAAGAUAUCCAAACUUUAAAACCAUCAAGUGCAGCUCAAAAAAAUUUAAUUUUAAGUAUUGCA